ACCGAACACCACAAGAGUUACAAAAGUGAGAAAGAUGAGGCAGAAAAGUUUUACAUUUUCAAAAAGAACAUGGACGAAAUUGAACAACUCAACAGAAAAUUCCAAGGGAAAACCGAGUUUGCCAUCAAUGCAUAUGCAGAUAUGUCACCCAAAGAAUUCAGAGAAACCAUGUUAAUGCCUAGAAGAGCUGCCCCGGUGUUCGAAAAAGAAAGACUGUUUAACGUGGAAGUAAAAGGAUAUCUUCCUCAAUCUUUUGAUUGGACUGACAAAGGAGUUGUUACUUCGGUUAAAAACCAAGGUACUGUUGGAACAUGCUGGGCAUUCAGUACUAUAGGCAAUAUCGAGGGUCAGUGGGCGAUGCAGGGAAACAUACUGACCGAUCUCUCCGUGGAGCAAGUCGUAGACUGUGACAGCACGAAGGACCCGGCCAAUGACCGUGCUGACUGUGGUGUGUUCGGCGGUUGGCCAUAUCUCGCUUACCAGUAUAUCAAGAAAGUGGGUGGCAUAGAACCGGAAGUGAGGUAUCCUUAUUGUUCCGGUAAUGGCGGCUGUUACCCGUGUCCAGCCCCGGGAUACAACAAAACGCUGUGCGGACCAGCCGUGCCGUCCUGUUUGAAAAACGAAAGCUGUCAUGCAAAGUUAGAUCCUGGCAAAUUCAUUGCAGGGUUGAACGUUACUGAUUGGAAAGCAAUAGACAAGAACGAGACUCUGAUCGCGUUUGCCUUAAUGAAGCUGGGACCUCUCUCUGUGGCGUUUGACGCCUCGCUGCUACAGUUCUACCACAAAGGAAUAUACGACCCUCCACUGUGCAGCAAAACUGAACUGGAUCAUGCUGUUCUGAUGGUCGGUUUCGGAGAGGAUAAAGAGUUAUUCAAAGAGAAACCAUACUGGAAAAUCAAGAACUCUUGGGGGAGUAAGUGGGGGGAGAGUGGCUACUUCCGGAUCCUGCGUGGCAAAGGCACGUGCGGUAUCAACACACAGGUCACCACAGCCGUUCUAGCCACCUAAUGGCGGGAACCGGCAACACCGGGUGGCUGAGUUGUAUAUCACUGACGACACAUGACUAUAAAAAAUAAAUAUUUCUUGUUUUCUUGUGUGGUUUUGAAGAAUUUGUUAUGUUGACAGUGAAAUAAUUUAGAAAAGCUACAGAUAAAAAAAGAGGUGAGAGAGGUCGUUACACUUAUUUAACUUCGGUUGGCUUCAGGAAGAGAUUGUGUUUUCAGUUUACGUCAGGAAAUUUACUUGUCUCCUCCUAUGGAACAAUAUGUCCUGUUUGUAACGAUAUCAUCAUCAUUGUCUUCAUCAUCAC